AUGUCGCUUCUGGCUCUGGCGCCCGUAGGCCAGGCUGCGAAUUUCACCUUAGUCACCGAAGACUUCGGACCAAAUCCAAGGGGCGUCGGGUUUUAUAUAUACGUGCCAGACCAGCUUGCUGCGAGCCCGCCAGUAUUGGUCAAUCCGCAUUGGUGCCAUGGUGCUGCCAAUGAUACCUACAUUUACUCGCAGUACGCCAACCUGGCCGACCAACAUGGUUUCAUCGUCAUAUACCCCGAUAGCCCGAAUCUGGAGGACAAGUGCUGGGAUGUAUCAUCCAAUGAGACGUUAACUCAUGACGGUGGUGGCGACAGUUUGGGCAUUGUCAGCAUGGUCCGGUGGACAUUGGAUAAAUAUAACGGAGAUGCAAGCCGGGUGUUCGUAACUGGGGUAUCCUCGGGUGCUAUGAUGACCAAUGUCCUGCUCGGCGCCUAUCCUGACGUCUUUGCGGCCGGCUCUGCUUGGGCAGGAGUUCCAUUCGGCUGCUUUGCGGGCGAUGGGUACGAUGUUUGGAGCAACGCCUGUGCCACGGGGGAAAUCACCCAUACACCGGCUGAGUGGGCGUCUAUCGUUCAUGCCGCUUAUCCAGGUUACAAUGGCUGGCGGCCGAAAUUCCAGCUGUUUCACGGCACGGUUGAUCAGGUCCUCAAUUUCACGAACUUCGGGGAAGCCAUCAAGGAAUGGACAGCAGUUUUCGGACUGAGCGAACGGCCCACCGGCGUAACGUCUGACUGGCCCAAGACGGACUGGACGAGAUACACGUAUGGCAAUGACUGGUUUGAGGCAACUAGUGCGCUGAAUGUGACGCACGAUAUUGGUACCAACGAAACAGUGGUGAUGGACUGGUUUGACCUUGGCUGUACGACUGGAGAUUGCUUCAAAUGGGGUAGAGGAGGCCCCUCUAACCGCACGGCGUAUGCGAGCAAGCAGAACGGAAAGCAUCAUGUACGCCUCUCCUAA